GUGAGUCUGUGCUGACAGCACACAGCAGCUGAGAGUCUCGCCGAGGGGGAGGUCGCGGCCAAAUGGCGGCCCCGGGUGUGGCAGCCCUGAAUGACUUGCAGCGGAGGGAGCUGGUGGCUUGGGCCAACGGGACCGUCGACGGGUGCAAGCCCGGGUACAAUUACUACGCUGCAUUGCUCAGCCUCCUGAUCUUCUCGGUGGUUUUCGGCAACGUUCUGGUGUGCAUGGCGGUAUCGCGGGAGCGGGCGCUGCAGACCACGACCAGCUACCUCAUUGUGAGCCUGGCAGUGGCGGAUCUACUAGUGGCCACCCUGGUCAUGCCCUGGGUCGUCUACCUCGAGGUCGUCGGGGAGUGGUGGUUCGGCUGGGUUCACUGUGAUAUCUUUGUGACACUCGACGUGAUGUUCUGCACAGCCAGCAUUCUCAACCUGUGUGCGAUCAGCAUCGACAGAUACACAGCUGUUGCCAUGCCAAUGCUGUAUAACACACGGUAUAGUUCCAAGCGGAGGGUCACACUGAUGAUAACGACUGUCUGGGUGCUCUCAUUCGCCAUCUCCUGCCCGCUCCUCUUCGGGCUGAAGAACAACCCAGAGAAAAGGGACAACACUGUCUGUGCCAUUGUGAACCCUUCCUUCGUCUUAUACUCCUCCAUCGUCUCCUUCUACAUUCCCUUCAUCGUCACCCUGCUGGUUUAUGUCCAGAUCUACGCUGUGCUCAGGCGGAGGAGGAGGAGGGUGGCAGUGAAGAGGUUAGGUGUGGCAACAGAGCAGGAGACCAUGGCACCCACCAAGAGUAAGUGCACAUAUCCUGAAGAUGUUAAACUUUGCAAUUUAAUGAUCCAAUCACAAGGGAGCAGGAGUGUGAGCAAAAAGAAACUGAUGUUGGUGCAUGAAGCAACAGCUGGACCUGAAAGAACUGAGAGGGCCCACUUGGUCGAGCAGCUUGGUAAGCCCAGGCUGGCAGGAACUCCCUUGGUUUUCCAGCGCGGUGCCACCUCUGGCUCUGGCCUGAUGACUGGGAAGUGGAAGGCUCCUUCAUCCGGCGAGGCGUCCCGGGAUCCUGAACAGGAUGGCCCAGGGAGUUUCUUCAGGAGGAAUGCCUUGGAGGUGCAGAGGAUUUUGGAUGAGAAACAGGCCCCAACUGCUAAGAUAACAGCAAAAGGCAAAGUGUCCCAUCAGAAGGAGAAGAAGGCAACGCAGAUGUUGGCAAUUGUCUUAGGUGUCUUCAUCAUCUGUUGGCUGCCAUUUUUCAUCACACACAUCCUGAAUGUGCACUGCCAGAGGUGCUCCAUCCCACCAGCGCUCUAUAGCGCCUGCACCUGGCUGGGUUAUGUCAACAGUGCUGUCAACCCCAUCAUCUACACCACCUUCAACGUGGAGUUUCGCAAAGCCUUCAUGAAGAUCCUGCAUUGCUGAUGCUGCAGCUGUGCCUGGCGACUGAGGGAGCCCGACUGUGACACUCACAGACACUGGACACGUUUAAGGAGCCCACACCUUGGCCAAUUGUGUCUCUGCUGUGUCUUCACAGCACCAUCAAAGGAAGCCUGAAUGAUCGCUUCCUGUCCAAGAUGGCAGCCUGAUUGACCACUUCCUGUCUAACAUGGGACCAGGAGCAAUUGGCACCUUCCGAA